AGACAGUACAACAACCUCCCCAGAUGAGUGACUCUUUCUUUCAAACAACCUCUCAUUAAUUGCUUUGGUUUUCUUUGUAAAUUAGCGAAGAUACUUUACCUGAAAAUUAGAAAAAUGGAAGACAUAGAAAUGGUAGAAUUGGGGCAGACACGUGGAGAGGACCCGAGCAGUGAAUUUAAUGGGAAACAAAAUUUUCCAGGGGAAAGAACACUAGAUAAUUACCGUUUUGUGUGUCGUGACCUCCUUAAAGCUGCCUUAGAAGGUGAUUGGCCGGCUGCUGAGCGUUUUCUUGAAGAAUCCAGAGGGCUUGACUAUGUUCGAACUCCCAUAACGAACUAUAAAGGGACAGUACUUCACGUUGCCGUGAAUGCACAACGCACCACUUUUGUAGAAGAAUUGUUGAAAUGGAUGAAGGCUACUCCGGAGGACUUGGAAUUGCAAACAACAGGUGGAUAUACGGCCCUUCACUAUGCUGCUCAAUCAGGAAUCGUCAGAAUUGCUGAGCAGCUGGUGGAAAUCAACGAUAGACUGCUAGUGAUGCCAGAUUAUUCAAAAGACCGAGAGACGCCACUCAACGUUGCAGCAUUUCAAGGACAUGCAAACAUGAUCUCAUAUCUAUUAUCUCAGACUCCUCUUGAUCGGUUAACUUCUGAUAACAGCACUAACCUCCUUCUUUGGACCAUUCGAAAUGAUUUGUAUGAUAUAGCGUUAAAAAUUCUGGAAGAGCAUCCAAACAUGGCAACUGCUGCCGGCACUGAAUCCGGGUGGCGCACUGAAACCUGUACGAAAGCGUUGAAACUGUUGGCCAGGAAACCUUUUCCAAUUGGCAGCGAAAGUGAUCAGCUACCAUUCUGGAAAACUCUCUUAAAGAACUCCAGGUUCAAAGGGAUCUAUGACAAAGCUUUGAUGAAGACUAAUGCCCAUCGAUUAGUUGACGAACUUUGGAAAAAGGUUAUAAUUCAAAAGCCACAGUUCUCAUCAGAAUUGAUUCUCUCUCACAGUACUUUACUUUUUGAAGCUGCAGAAGUUGGAAAUGUUGAAUUUAUAAUUAUAAUUGCACGCUCUUAUCCUGAGCUUUUAUGGCAACUAGAUGAAAACGAAAUGAGUAUUUUUCACUUUGCCAUUAAACAUCGGCACGAGAAUGUGUUCAAUCUAAUAUAUGAGAUGGGUGCUAACAAGGAUAGCCUUACAACCUAUUUGAACUCAAAAACUGAUGAUAACAUGCUGCAUUUAGCUGGAGAAUUGCCUCAUUCAGAUCGAGUAAAUAUCGUAUCAGGAGCAGCCCUCCAAAUGCAACGAGAGUUGUUGUGGUUUAAGGAGAUAGAAAAGAUUGUGCCAAAGUCAUUUGUGAAUGAGAAGAAUAAAGGCAACGAAACACCUAAGGAAAUAUUUAUAAAGACACAUGCAAAUUUGCAGAAAAAUGGUGAAAAGUGGAUGAAGGUCACAGCAAACUAUUGCAUGCUCGUGGCAACAUUGAUUGCCACUGUGAUAUUUGCUGCAGCCUUUACUGUACCAGGUGGCAGCGAUGAAAAAACAGGCAUUCCUAAUUUUUUGAGAAGAACUUGGUUUAAGGUAUUUUUCAUAUCAGAUGCGAUAGCAUUGUGUUCAUCUUCGACCUCAAUAGUAAUUUUCUUGUCAAUUCUCACGUCACGUUACACAGAAGAGGAUUUCUUAGUGUCAUUACCUUCAAAGUUGGUGUUUGGACUUGUCACACUCUUCAUCUCCAUGAUGGGCAUGAUGGUAGCCUUUAUCGCAACUUACAUUUUGGUGUAUACAAGCGCAAGUGCACAGAUUCGGGCUGCAGUUGUAAUCACUUUGGCUAUCCCCCCAAUUGCCUUCUUUCUUCAGCUACAUCUUAAACUUUGGGUUGAUACACUCUUCUCAACAUGCACGUCUAGAUUUCUUUUUCAGCCAAAAAACCACAGACUUUUCUAAUAGAAGAUGCCGACUGGGGAAUUGAUCAACAAAAAAUAUGAAGUUCAAGGCAAACGAAAAGGAAGGAAAUUUGUUGGAGGUUCACGGGUUGUUGAACAAGGGAUCGAGGUCAAGGAAAGAAUUGAUCUAAGGGCACCUUCAAGUUUUCGACUGAGAAUUUAGAUCUAAUUUGUGUUUGGAAUUUGCCUAAAAAAAAUCUGGUUUGAUGAAGUUCUUCCAGAUUUUGUUUGUUGGGGUUAGUUGUUGGUUUCGCUACUGAUAUGUUGCUGUAUUGUGGUGUUUUCUCCCUGUUUGGGUGGAUGUUGUUCCAGUUUUUACUAGAGUGUAAGUGCUGGUUGUGUUUGGUUAUAAAGUUUUCAUUCAUCCAAAAAAAGAAAAAAGGAAUUGAUCGCAAAUAAAGACUUUGGAUUGAUGUC